GCCCCAGGAGUUCCGCUGCAGGCUACACCUCCGGCCGCGGCCGGCUCCCGCUUCUUUGGCCGCCGCCGGAUCCCGCUCGACUCGACCGGCCCCCACCUGCUCCUCCGGCCGCCGCGUAACGUCUCCGCUCCGCUCAACCGGCCGCCGCCUAAGGGCUCCGCUCCGCUCCACCGGCCACCGUCGAGUCGCUCUGCACCUCCGGCCGCCGUCGACUCGCUCCACUCCACCACGUCCAGCUGCAGCACCAAUUCCAUCCGGCACAUCCCUGUGAAGAUGGCAAAAGAGAAAGCAAUUUGGGAUGUAGAAGCUACUGCUAUAUUUUGCAAACUUUGUGUGAUUGAGAAAGAAAAGGGGAAUAAGCCUCUGAAGUUCCUGAGUCCCGUUGGUUACAAAAACCUUGUUGAAGGUUUUUUUAGAGAAACAAGGAGAGAUAAUAACAAACAACAAUUCAAAAAUAAAUGGGAUAGUAUGAAGAAGGAGUACACCAAUUGGAUGACCUUCAAGAACAAAACAACAGGUUUAGGUUGGAAUGAUGAAGCGAACACUAUGGUAGCUGAUAAUGAUUGGUGGAAGAAAAUGGGAGAAGAAAACAAGGAGUUUCUGGCAUUUCGUAAACGUGGACCUGAGCAUUUGGAUGAGAUAAAGAGUUUGAUAGAUUUUAUCGUGAUGAGUACUACAUGCCAGGGGAUCUACUACCUCCACCUACUGGUCGGGUAUCUAAAAUUGUGCAUGGUGAUGAUGCUCUCAUGAAAGUAACCAGGGAGCGAAUAGCUGAUGGAUUAUUGGCAGCUACGGAUGGAGUUUAGUUUUACACACUACUUUCGGGUGAUGGUUGAUGUACGGUUAGGAUGAUGGUUGGUAAUUGAACGUUGCAUUUUGGAUGA